GCCUUCGCGCAGAAUCGGAAGCUCCAGGUUAUGGAUAUUCUGCUCAUCCCAAAGGGCAACUCCAUUGACGUUUUCGGACAUCUUGAGGAAAAGUUGAGAACAGAAAUCUACAGCCUGGAAAGCUGCGGCAACUCCGGCAAGCGGCUCGAGGCCAUUGCGCAUACCAUCUGCACUUCGCCGUCGCUGAGAAUCCUUAACCUUCGCGAGAACCAGAUCGGAGAGAAUGGUGGCAAGGUCUUGGCGGAUGCCUUGCAGGGCCGGACUCUCCUGCAGGUUCUCGAUUUGGAGUCCAAUGACCUCAGGUCCAGCGUGAAGGCCUUGGCUGCCCGUUUGCCUUCGCUGCCGGCACUGAAGACCUUCGUUCUUGCGAGAAAUUCGAUUGACGACGAGAGCGUGCAGGUGUUAGCCGAAGCGAUCACGGAUCAUAGCGCCUUGGAUCUCGUGAACUUGACGGGAAACCAGAUCAGCCAGAACGGAAUGCAGGCCUUGGCUGCAACUCUCGGCAGGCGAACCCAGGAAACUGGGAAGCUGAAGCUCUGCCUGUCCCAGAACCCGCAAGGUGUUGGCCGUGUAGCAGCCCAGGUUUUCUCCAAGAGUGCCGAGAUCUUGGUUUUGGACGCAUCAGUCGUGGAGGGCUCCGUUGGGGUGUCGACGAGUCAGGUGUGGUGCGAGGUGUAUUGCGUGGAUGUGGGGAACCAUUUGCAGGCCUUGGCCACAGUGCUGGAAUCACAAAGGCGGCUGCAGAUUCUGGACCUGAGUUUCAACCUCAUCUACGAUUUCGGUGUGAAGGUGCUUGUCAAAUCGCUGGAACUCAGCCGCUGGCUGCGAGCUCUCUACCUGAACAAUGCCGGCAUUACGGACAUGGGGGUUCAGGUUCUUGCACCCGCCCUCGGCAAGCAUCCCCACUUGGAGAUGGUGGACUUGUCCGGGAAUGCAAUCGGCUAUGGCAUCGAGGAACUCGCUGGACAUGUGGGCCAGGAGCGGGCUCAGGCCGAAUGCCUGAAGCUCCGGCUUUCAGAUCCAACAUGCCCUGGCAUUGGUCGGAAGGCGGCCGAGGCCCUGGCUCGCAGCGGCUGCACGGUCUUAGACAUCCUGGCCACGCGCUCUUUCGACUCAGCUGCCUUCAAGGUCUUGCAGUCCGGCUAUGUGCUGCAAAUCCAUUGCGUGGGGGAGCUGGGCUCCGAGCGCGCGGAGGUCCUGGCCCGCGGGUUGGCUCACACGCCGGCGCUGCGGGUCCUCGACUUGCGAGAGAACACCAUCGGACCCCAUGGUGGCCAGGUCCUGGCACCAGCACUCUGCCGCCUUCAACAUCUCAGAGAGCUGGGGCUUCGUCACAACCUCCUCCGCGACCUUGGAGCCCAGGCUGUCGCGGCAGCCUUGGCCGGCAAGACGAGCUUGGAGCACCUUGACUUCGGGCUCAAUGUCAUCUUCGCCAAUGGCAUCAAGGCGCUGGCCAUGGCCCUCCGGAACCUUCCCAACCUGAAGGACCUCCGCCUCGAUUUCAACGAAAUGGAGUUUGGCGGCCAAGGUGCCCAA